UCGCGUCAGCCCUACAGGGUGAUUCUGUAGUAGAUUAAGUCUACCCCACGCCUCAAUCACUUACCACGACACGAUGCCGCCCCGAAGAUCACGACGAGCGGCUACUGAAGAAUCCUCACCAGUCCCCAUACAGACACAACGACGGAGGCGAGAUGACACUCCCGAAGAAGAUGAAGACAUUGACAUGGAAGACGCUAUCAGAGAGGCGCAGGGCAGCGGCAGCGUAGAUCAACUAGCGAAGGGCCUGGUGCGGUAUGCCCUCUCGUGCGAGCAUUCACGGAAGCCUAUCAAGCGCGCGGAUAUCAACGAGAGAGUCCUCGGUUCCUAUACUCGGCUGUUCAAGGACGUCUUUGCGCAAGCAAACAGCCAGCUCAUGGACGUCUUUGGUAUGCAGUUCGUCGAGCUGCCCAAGGCGGACAAAGUGACGCUGCGACAGAAGCGCGCUGCCGCCGGCUCGGACUCGCAAAGCAAGUCGACCAGUAUAUGGGUGCUCCAGACUAUCCUGCCUGAGCAGUACCGCAUACCAGACAUCAUCGGCCCCUCGCGACCAUUAGCAGCCGACGCAGAAGAGAUAAACCGAGAAGACUCGUACGUCGGGCUGUAUACCAUGGCCAUUGCCCUCAUCACUAUAUCCGGCGGUAUGAUCCCAGAAGGCAAGCUAGACCGUGCUCUCAGACGCAUGAACGCAGACCAGACGACGCCUGUCGGUACCAAAGACAAGACGCUUACGAACAUGAUCAAAGACGGGUAUAUUGUCAGGAUCAAGGAGACGCCUGGUGGGGGCGAGGAGACGAUCGACUACAUUGUCGGGCCUCGCGGCAAGGUCGAGGUUGGACGAGAGGGCGUCGCGCAGUUUAUACGGAUGAUGUUUGGGGAGAGCGAGGACGUGGAGGAACUCGAGAAGCGAUUGCAGAGGACUCUGCAGGUGGCGGACGCACACAGUGACAGUGCGCCGGCGGUGGAGGCUACUCAGGCCGCAUCGCAGGCGGCAGGACGGAAACGCGGACGACCGAGGAACAACGACGAUGAAUAGUCUGGUGCAUGAUUAACGGAUAGAGACGCCCAUGAUACCCUAUGUAGUUAUGUCAAUGCUCUUUACUGGGACACCAACGUCAUGUUGAGCGAUGCUAGCUCGGAGCUCCCCUCAAGGGACCAGUUGUCGAGUUGCAUCAUCGGCGGCAAGCGCCAUGGAGCUGCGGGCAGCCGUCGCAACAAAGACAGAAACCACGGCAGCGAAAAAGGCGAUAUUGAGGUACGUGUAGUGGCUUGCCCAUUUGUCAGCGUCACGAGGCAGGUGAUCGUGGUAGGUGCAGUCGUAGGACAGUGGCAGUGGUAGGCGGCAAGGUCGAGCAAUGCCUGCAUGCUGUCAAGGCUCACGCAGC